AUGGCAUGCCUUAAGUUAAAAAAGUUUGAAGAGUUUCUGCAAACGGUCGAAGGAUUUGAGAAACCGAAAGUUUACUUGGAACAGUACGUAACCCCUUCGCAUAUUGCUGCUCACGCUCUUUAUACAAUUGAAACUAACUACGGCGACUUGGAAAAUAAGCUUGUUUUGGAUCUCGGAUGUGGCCCGGGAAUGCUGAGUAUUGGUGCGGCACUGUUAGGGGCUCAACACGUUGUUGGAAUUGAAAUAGAUUUGGAUGCUAUCAAGGUUUUUCAGGAAAACGUCCAAGGCUUCGAACUGGAAAACGUCGACUGUGUGCAAUGGGAUGUGCUUAACCUUGACGGACUGUACGACAUAUUGAAGUUUGAUACAGUUUUAAUGAAUCCACCAUUUGGGACCAAGCAAAACAAUGGCAUUGAUAUGAAUUUUCUACGAAUCGCUCUAAAACUUGCCAAACAGAGUGUUUAUUCUCUUCAUAAAACUUCAACUAGGGACCACAUUAAAAAGAAAGCUGUCGAGUGGAACGUUAAAGCAUGCGUAGUGGCAGAAUUGAGAUACAACCUUCCUCAAACAUACAAGUUUCAGAAACGCACAUCCGUCGACAUUGCUGUCGAUUUGUGGCGUUUUGAUGUAUCCAAAAGAAAUUGUUGA